AUCAAAUUAGCCGUGAUAAGACCAUUUGUAAUAAAUUGUUAAACUACUAGUAAUUACUACCAAUGUAGCCAGCGAGGCACCAAUUUUACCAUUUUUAAUCCAAUUCAAUCUUCCCGAUGCCGGAGGCCCAGAUUUUUAUUUUUAAAAAAAACACCCGCAAUUACUAGUAUGGCACACUAUAAAAAGAAUUUUAAUUAAACUCAUCCUCAACAAAAACAACCAGUCUUUUCAUUCAUCCAAUCCUUGCUUUCAAAGUUCCGUAUUUAAUUCCACCACUAUUCUAUCGUUUCGUCCCUAUAAAUUCCCAGAUUUGAGGACCCCAUUUUCUUAUCUUUCCUUGAUCCGUUUAAUCCGAAACCCACAGCGUUAUGGGUUCUUAUGCAGAUGAAGAAACUGGAAAAGGAUUACCUGAUUCACCUCCAAAUAAUUCAAUUUUCAGGUAUAAUUCACCUUUGGUUCAGGUUGGUUUAAUUGGAUUGGUGUGCUUUUGUUGUCCAGGCAUGUUCAAUGCCCUCUCUGGUAUGGGUGGUGGUGGUCAAGUUGACCACACAGCUGCUAACAACGCCAACACAGCACUCUACACAACUUUCGCCAUAUUUGGUAUAUUAGGUGGUGGAAUUUACAACAUAUUAGGUCCACAAAAGACUCUGUUUUGUGGUUGUUCGACUUAUAUAUUGUACGCGGGUUCUUUUCUCUACUACAAUCACCACAAGCAUCAAGCAUUUGUGGUAGUGGCCGGCGCCCUUCUUGGUAUUGGCGCCGGCCUUCUCUGGGCUGCCCAGGGAGCAAUUAUGACGUCGUAUCCCCCACAUGAUAGGAAAGGUACUUAUAUCUCUAUGUUUUGGAGUAUUUUCAACAUGGGUGGUGUCAUUGGUGGUCUUAUUCCUUUUGCAUCGAAUUAUAAUAGAACUACUGCGGCGUCUGUUAAUGAUGGUACUUAUAUUGGAUUCAUGGUCUUCAUGGCUAUCGGAACGUUUCUUUCUUUAGCGAUUUUGCAUCCCAGUAAAGUCGUUAGGAAUGAUGGUUCGACGUGUACUAAUAUUAAGUACUCCAGUGUGUACGUGGAAUUAAUACAAAUUUUGAAACUGUUCGGGAACUGGAAGAUGUUGUUGAUGGUUCCAGCCUCGUGGGCUAGUAACUUUUUUUAUACUUACCAGUUCAAUAAUGUUAAUGGGGUGUUGUUCAAUUUGAGGACUAGGGGUUUGAACAAUGUGUUUUAUUGGGGUGCACAGAUGAUUGGUUCGGUGUUCAUCGGGUCCAUAAUGGACUACAGUUUUAAGAGCAGGAAGACUAGGGGAUUUGCUGGUAUUAUUGUUGUUGGCCUGCUUUCAACAGCAGUUUGGGGUGGAGGACUAGCGAAACAGCUUGAUUAUACCCAUGAGGAUGUACCUGAUCACAUAGAAUUACUGGAUUUCAAGGAUGGUUCGAAAUUUGCAGGUCCAUUCGUCUUGUAUUUUAGUUAUGGUUUACUCGAUGCCAUGUUUCAGAGCAUGGUCUAUUGGGUUAUAGGAGCCUUGGCAGAUGAUUCUGAGGUUCUCAGCAGGUAUACUGGCUUCUAUAAAGGAAUACAAAGUGCAGGGGGAGCAGUUGCUUGGCAAGUCGAUUCACAUAAUGUACCAUUCGUGAACCAGCUUAUCGCGAAUUGGGCGUUAACCACCAUUAGUUUUCCAUUAUUGAUAGCUCUUGUAGUAUUAGCUGUGAAGGAAGACAACAAAGAUGAAGAGGGAGUUGUCAUUCCUUCAAACCGUGACAUUAGUACUACAGUAGGCAAGCCCAAUAAGGAAUAGUUUACAAAGCUGUAAAUUGUGGACAAUCAACCACAGUAUAAUUUAGUCCAGGCGCCACGUGAAAUUUCUUUGCUAAUGUAUGUUUAAUUGUCUUCAUUCUCUA